AUGGCCCAAAGUCGGAACAUGUCGCUGCUUGAGUCGGGUAAGACGCUAAGGGAACAUAAUUGAUGGCCUUCUGCAUUAUUCGGCUCUUACAACAUUAUUUGCACUAUUUGGAGCACGGAUUUCUAUUCAUAGUCAAUGUACUGUUAAUUUUCAGAGCUCUAUUACCUGAUAACUCGUUUUUUGACCACGGGUCCAUGUCGGAAAGCGGCGGAGGUAAGAUGGUGUGCUUUGACUGGCGUUAAGGUUUUUCAUAAAGGAGUUGCUUAAGAUUGUUAAUGCUAUUGUGAAGACAAAAAAUAGUGAAUAUGUAUCAUCUCUUUCAACCCACCGUAGGUUCUUGUGAGCGAGAUUGAGGAGUACCAGGUCUGUAUUACCGAAGCUAUGCUACUUGUUUACUGCUAGAUGCUAACCGUUAGUCCUGACUGAGGUUGGGCACAAACAUUGCAUGAAUAAAUCCACCGGUAUCCGAUGUAGCAGUGUCACUUGUUUGACAUAAACCUCUUUGAUGUGCCCAAUAUGUGGAUUCUUAUGUUGACGUGGUCUCUCCAUUGUACUAAACUGUUUUGGACAGCUGUUACCCGGGAGGCUGGAUUGGCUGGGAAACGAACAUCCAAGAACAUAUGAAGAUGUGGUAAGAUAGACCUUGAUAACUGUUCAUUGUUGACACCUGUUAUAGCCGUCUUAAUUAAUUCUGUCCCCGGUUUCGGCUUGUUUACGCUCUUACGUCUUCCAUUCUUAAUAUGUGUUACAUUUCCUUGAGUCUUAAGCUCUUCAAGGUCAAAAUAUAUAUAUAUUCCCUUUUCAAAUGUUAUAUCUACUUGUGUUAUGGUCGCUCAUAAUUCAGUGGAAGGCCGAAUGCGUCCUUGUUAAGGAUCACUCACUAAUAUUUUGGAGAGAGUAUGUGUUGUUCGGCUUUUUCUGUGUUCGGAUGUGUUCAGUAGCCAAUCAGAAGCUGAAUUGCAACAUUUCUGCGCUAUUUUGCCUGUAGCUUGUGCUGUGAUUGGGCAGCAAAAAAACAAAACAAAACGAUUUGCAUAGGAAGCAACGCCUCUUAGUACAGGAAGAGCAAGGUUGAACAUGAAUACAACCUCACACUGUUGAGUGCACAGGCAAGUGGUGGAUUGUAGUUUGUCUAAUAGAUAAAAAAAUAAUGAUCAGGGAUGUGAUUUGUACUAUUUUAAGUGGAAAUAGGCAGCGUAUAUUAAUCAUGAUAACAGACAUUUAGUUUAAUGUCCUAACAUGACACAGUUUGUCCUGUUCAUUAUUGUGGCUGCUGUAGUGAACAUCUACUCGGAAAUUUUAGCUAUCACUUAAAGACUUGAGGUCCUUACACACCGGGACCGUUUUUGUCGAGGGAUUAUUUCGGACGUCAAUAUUUUUUUUUUCGAACCCGCAUCCUGUCAAUACAAGCAUUCAGAUCAGCAACGUUUUCCCGUUCUGCAAUAUUGCGGCAUUUAUUUUUUAGGAUCAUGUUUUAUAUACUGUGUGGCCACUUCUGACCAAUCAGAUUGCAUGUUGUUGCGACGUCAGAUUCACUGGUAUAUCCAACAUGGCCGACUGGCUGAUUGUUUAUGAUUGUUUACACAAACAUUACAAAGAUAACGACCUGAAGGGCAACUUGUGGAGAGUCAUAGCGUCGGAUUUCUGAUAUGACGAUGUUUUGUGUGCUUUUACAGUUUGCUUAACGUCUUUGUUUUAACUUUCAUCUGUGCUAGCGUGAGCUAAAGGUUGUUACAUUAGUUUCAUGUGCUUAUCUGGUACUGGCCCGACUCAGUACAUGCUAUCAUGACAGAAAGCCAUCUCAACACUAGUGUCUAGUGUCUAGUUCUCUGCCUCUUCAAACUUGGAGCUAACUGUUUCAGCAGAACUUCAAAUUGUCCAACGGACAUCCGAAAAUAGGUUCUGAAGCGACCGUGGUACAGUUUCAGCUCCUGAACCAAGCAGUGAAACUCACCAAGUUCUCUUCUUUUUUGUAAUAUUGGAUGCACCCAUGUGCUACAUUUCUUUUUCUUUUGAGAAAGCAAAAGGAGCACCAAUUCGCCAUCACUUGAAGUCAAAGUAGACUCCAUUUUUGUCCUCUCACUUCCAGCCGGGACGCUGUAGGUUGUUAAGGGAAGGUCCCACCCUCCUUCGUCGCUGAUUGGCUAUAAGUGCUGACCAUUUGGCUUGAGCGUGUGAUGACGUUUCCAGCUUUUCUAGCCAAUCAGAGGCAAAGGAGGCGGUACUUUCCUUCAGAAAAGUCUUCCCUGGGAUGCGUCUUUUCCCCCCCAGAAAGUCGCAAAAUCGUAUCGGGCUUGAUGUGUAUAGUCAGGCUUGUCAAAAUUCGCCCUGGAUAUUUCAUGAUUUCGCGUUCUAUAUUUGUGUCGGCCCUGGUGUGUAAGAACCUUUAUUGGCCAAUGAGGAUUCACCCACAUGGGUUAUGCAAUAAUAGAGUCUAUGUGUUUGUGUCAGAACUGAAAACAAGAAGUUAGGGAGCGCUAAUGAGAAAGCUGCGAGCGCAACUGCAAAUCUGGCAGCGAGAGCACAAGUUUUUUUCUUAGAAAGAAAAAUGGAACAAGUGACUUUGGAAACUAAGUGUCAGUCAUAUAAUACAAUAUCUUUGAAACUAUAUGCUGUCAGAAUCAGAUUCAGCUUUGUUGGUCGUUGAGUGGUGUGAAUGGGGCUGUUGAAGGGUGUGAAAACCUCUUCUUGUGUAUUAGCCUGUCUCCUGGUCAUUCCUCCACAUUGUUUACACAGUGUUGAAGGUCAUUAAACCCUCUGGCAAUGGUGCGUAUGGAUGUGUCACCCUGGGAGACCUGCCCUACCCAAGUAACUUCUGUGGGCUGCGGACAGCACCUCAUGCUACCACCAGUGGCGAUGGCACUGGAAAAAUGCUAAACUUGCUAGGAAACAGCCAGAAAGCUUUCAGAGAGGGAAAUGUUCUGUGGCCCCCUCCUUUAACACCACUCCAUAAUGGGGUUGUCUUGCUAAUUGCCUCUCCUAUCCACCUGUUGUCACUUUCAUUCUUGCUCCCUAAGUGGACCGGUCAAUAUUAGGAAAAGUGAUAGACUUGGUAGUAGCACUGUGAUGAUUAUAUGUUCUCUUGUUCUCAGUUUUUUCAAUGCUCAUGAUCCAUCAUAAGACCUGAUCAGCUGUUUUAGGAGUGAACUGUAUUCACUGUCAUACCAACACUUUUUCUCUAUUUAUUGACUUCUUUCUGACAGGUUGCAGCUACCAGACAUGUUGCGCCAGAUCAUUUGCUACAGAUUUGUAGGCAGAUUGGACCAAUUCUUGAUAAAGAGGUGCCAUCUUGUGUCCCAGGUGUGCACUCUCUCCUUGGGUCAGGAAAGCAGUCAAUGCUCCGCACUGCAAAAGGUACAGUCUUUAAGUGUUUCUAUGCUUUCUGUUUUUUUUUUCUGUUUGAUAAUUUAAAAUUGUACAAAGGCUUAGAAACAUUGUCUUUUUGUUCACAUUUACCUUUCAUGUGAAACUUCCAGUUGGUAAUCAGCUGACCCCUUUGUUGAUUUAUUUUCAGACUGCAACAAUGUGAGGUUAAGGGCUUCGUCAUAUGCAGCCCUUCAUCGAGGCAGACCACCAGAGAGGCCUUUAAACUGCAAAAAAAAUCCUCAUCUAGGUAGGUCUGACAUAAUGGGAAUGUGUUGCUACUGUACCUACUCUGGUAUUGCUUGGCAUUGUUGGAAGUAGGGCUGCAUGAUAUGCAUGGGAUAUUAGUUAUAUAUCCUGAAGACAUCAUGCCGUCACCACUAGCUUGUUGUCUGGGAUAAAUCUAGGAUAAAUGUCCUUCCGAAAUCUUGAAUCCAGUCCACCAUUUAAACACAGAGAAACUGAGCAGGUAGGGUCUGUAUGUGUCAUAUGAGUAUAGAGUUUAAAUAUGCAUGUGCGUUGCAACAUGGUUACUAUCAUCGAUACCAAAAAAAUUCUUGAUAGCGCAAGAUGGAUAAGAUAAUUUUGUCCAGCCUAUCCAGGUGCUGAUGUGUUGUGGGCACAUCAACAUAUCUUAAAAUUAACGGGACUACUUCGUUCACUUUAAGCAUCAACACUUGCAGGACAUUUGGUUCUUGGUGGUGAUGUCAAAAAUUGCAAGUGGCUGCAAGUUUUCGUUUCAAUUAGAGGAAUCAUCACAGGAAUCAUCAUGAAAGAAAUGAUUGAUUGUGUCAGUAUAUCACCUGUGCAUAUGAGUAAAGAGUACUCAGCAACAUGUUGCUCUCUCUGCACUCUCCUUUACUCUUUUGUCUCUCCAGCAUGCUGUUAAAGCUGCUGUCAGAAGGCUGGAUGCUGCCUGACAUCAGUAGGAGGGAGAGUCGAUGUGAUGUGAUUUUUUUUUUCUCUACAAAUAAGGGCCCACCAGCUCUCCAACACCAAAGUUUGACAUUUUGUUGCUCUGCCACAGCAAAACCAAAUGCAGUCUCAGCUGUUCUUAAUGCCAAUAAUAUUGACCAUUAGUUACUUCAUGUAUGGGUUCUCCACUUGAAUAAUAUACCUCUAUACAUUUCUCCGAUUCAGAACUAUCUCUGUCUGCUGCUUAUACUGAUGCAUACAUUUUUUGUCAAGGUCCAAUAGGUCUCAGUUUUGUAGGUUAGUGUUUUUAUAAAUUGAAUGUCUUCCAGCAACGGUUAUACCUUUGCUUAUAUUAACACUUUAAAAAUGUGUGCCCUCAUAGUUUUUGCAGCCAUCCCUUAAUAACAGUGAUUUGUAUCGUUUUGUCUACAGUGAAGGUCCACCGAGGCAGAGAGCUGACAGGAGUACAACACUUCAACUCCAUCAAUCCUGUCUGCAAUUAUGAGCACAUGCGGCUGCACAGGCGCAUCCUGGGGCAUUUGUCCGCAGUGUAUUGUAUUGCAUUUGAUCGCACCGGUCUCAGGAUCUUCACAGUAAGAGGAUUUGUCCGCAUUUCCUGCUUGAAAAAAACUCUUGUUUGUUUCGCAGUGUUACUUGUCUUGGACUCAAGACAUUUCAGGUUAUCACAUAGUAACACUUAUUUUCUGUGUCAGGGUUCAGAUGACUGUUUGGUGAAGAUAUGGUCUUCUUUUGAUGGAAGGCUUCAUUCAACACUGCGAGGACACUCUGCAGAGAUCACAGACUUGGCAGUGAAUUAUGAAAACACACUGAUUGCAGCAGGAAGCUGUGACAAGACCAUCCGUGUAUGGUGCCUUCGUACCUGUGCCCCCGUGGCUGUGCUGCAGGGGCACAGUGGAUCCAUUACCUCCCUACAGGUAAAGUCCAACAAAUAACCCUCAACUUAAAACCAGUGUUUUCAGUGUAGUGGUGAUGGUGUUUUAAUGGCUACUUUAUUGUUCUAGUUCUCACCUUACGCAAAGGGCUCAAAACGUUAUAUGCUAUCAACUGGAACUGAUGCUACAGUCUGCUUCUGGCAGUGGGAUGUCAACAACAUCAACUUUAGGUGAGUGAGUGUGCUGAAGAGACACAGCUUACAGUAGUCACAGAGACUAGCCAAAGAAGAACUACUGCUGUGAUAGUCCUACAGCUCUGAGUGUGAUGAUGAAAAGGAACAGAUCCUCAGAUGACACCGGGAGAUAUAUAGCUUAGUUUGGGUCUCCAGGGUUACACAUGCUGGUAGGUAUAGCUAAAGCUAUGGAUGGUUUUGCUACUCAACCGGCACAGACUCUGGCAUUCAGGAAGGAUGAAAUGCAGCCACCGAGUUACAAGGAUUUCCUCGAAGAAUUUUUGAAGCUGUGGGGAAGGGCUUUGUCAUUUUCACAAACUUGAGCAAAAUACUUGUUAAACUUGUCUUAGGUACCUUCCUCUCAUACUUUUCUCUCUCCCUUUAUUCCCCACUGUCGCCUCCUUGCAGAGCAGUGUCACAUUUGAUGAGUACAAUUCUACACUGUUGUUGUGGUCCAUAAAUGUGCACAAACAUAGACUUUAUGUUCAUAUGGAUCCAUGAAGACAAUAUCAUUCACAUUUGAAACGUGGGGAAAGAAGACCAUAAUUCCGUGGGCAUGGUGGCUUUUAUUUUGGCAGGGCAGCAUGUUAUGAUCAUUUACAUGUAGCGGAAACCCUGGUUACCAUGUCUGGUCUUUUCCUUUCAGAUUAAAAAUUGUCUCAGUAGAGCUCUGCUCUUGGUCCUUUAAUUUCUCGUGCAGAUGAGAAAUUAAAGUUUGACAAAAAAAAACAAAAAAAAAAAAAGAAACCUGUGAAACAUUUAUAUCACUGCUGCCUACUGACAAGCCUUCCAAAAGUGUGUUUGGAUGACAUACACAGCCUUGCAGGGACCAAUGUGUAGUACACCUAUCCUGAGUGAUUCUGAUGGUCUUAAGGGAGAGCAACACGAAUGGAACUUAAAUGUAAUAUAAACUUCAAGAGGUCUUUUUGUCAGUCCCCCCUAAACUUCAGGAUAAGUACGAUGGAUGUGAACAGGCACUGAUGUUUACUGUUUGAUGAACAACGAAAAACUUAAGUUUGUCAGUUUUAUUGAUAGCAAAUGAAAUUUUGGAAACAUAUCUGAGUUAAAACAGUUGCUGUAAUGAAGUUAAAAUACCCUUAACUAUGGGUUUAACUUAAUGCACAAUUUUUUUUAAAGGGUGCAUCAACAAGUAAAACUAGGUAUAGAAAGCAUAAUAUUGCUAAAUGUUGCAGUGUCUAAAAGUAUGUGCAAUCAAAUUCAGGUUUAAAUUGUGGAGUGCAAGGGAGUGAAAAUGUCUGUGCCUGACUUUCCUGUCAAGUAAACAUGGGUACUCCUGUAUUGUUUGUGUUUAUUAACCAUUUACUUCUUUCCUUUAGUGAUCGGCCUCACAAAUAUACAGAGCGGCCAAGGCCAGGAGUUCAGACAGUGUGUUCCUCUUUCAGUCCAGGUAAUGCAUUUUAUAUUAACACUGUUUUUGUUAAGCUCUCUGUCUAUCUGUCUGACUGUUAAGCAGACAUCAAAUUAUUUGGACUAACGUUUCUUUAUUUCUGGGUUUUCAGGGGGGAUGUUCUUGGCAACCGGAAGUACUGAUGAUGUCAUCAGAAUAUACUACUUGGGAAGCGGGAGUCCAGAAAAAGUAUCCGAGCUUCAUGAACACACAGUAAGAGCAUUCUCAAGAGCUGACCUUUUUGCUUGAACAGGAAGAAUAACAAGUCGGACUAUGUUGAAUGUAUGAAAUAAUUGUGGUCCAUAUAUCUGUCCUCUGUCUAGGACAAAGUUGAUAGCAUCCAGUUCUGUCACUCAGGGGAAAGGUAAAGUGAAUGUAUUGUACAUAAAAUUCAUUUUAUAUACCAUUAAGACUGACUUAAAUAUCAUAGCAUAAAAACAUGUUGAUUGCUGCCAAAGGUUUGUGAGUGGAAGUCGAGAUGGGACUGCACGGAUCUGGAAGCUCCAUCAGCGGCAGCAAUGGAGGAGUAUCUUGCUCAACAUGUCUGCAACUCUUCCAGGGUCAGUAGCUCUAUUCUGUGUCACACCAGUAUUAGUGUGGCCACAUAUAUCAAUGUAUUUUUCUGGACAGUGUUUUAAUAGUCAAACUUGGCAUUGCUGUGAAUAUCCUAGUUACUCUUAUUAGCUCAACUGUCAAAGUGUUAUUAAUCUUACAACUAGCAUUAAAAAACCAAAGUAAUUAACAUCUUGAUAGCCAUCUGGUUUAGAAUUAUCAUUAGGUAAAGUAUUUCAUGUUGUUCUGUGUGUUAAGAUAGCAUCAGAGUUUUUACAGGUGCAUCUCAACAAAUUAGAAUGUUGACAAUAACUUUAUUUAUAGUUUAAUUCUAAAAUGUAUACUUUUUUAUUCUUUGUAUAUAGUAAAAUAUUUCAGACAUCUUUCGUUUUGGAUGAGUAUGUGUUGUGUUUGGAAAAGAAGACUCUUAGGAUGGUUUCCAAUCCAAAAAGGACUUAAAAUCAAGAAAUAUUCAGCUUCUGGGAAAUAUCACCACACUUGAGCAUGAAUCACUGUUUGAACUUCGCUCAUUAAUUUCAUUUAAUUUCUUUGAUAGUGUCAGAAAGGUACAGUCUAGAUAUAUCAUUAUAGAGCUGUUUUGAGCUCUUUUUAAAGUUUAGGCCCUGUCCCUCUAAUGUCCCCUGGUUAUCCCUGUUAUCAAGCAUAGUAAUUUCAUGGUCGUGGCAUAAUAAGCAGGUGCAAAGUCCUGCUGUGAAAGGAAGUUGUCAAUUCAGUAGUCCCUUUGAUUGUGUUAGCAUGUACUAAGACUAAGAGAACCAAGGAUGUCUGAACAGUUACAUAAUCAAUGUAGAAAUUCAGUAUUCCGAUAUUUGAGAUGUUUUUUAGAAGUUUAAUUCAACUGGAGGCUUUAAAAAAUAUAAAAAGAAAUGCUUUAGAGGAUUCAAAUCCUUUUCUUUCCAAAAUUACUGAUAAAAAGUGAAGAAUUUCUCAUAAUGUUCUUAUUUGUUGAGAUGCAUCCAUUAGUAUAUAUAUAUUUUUUUGUAUAGCUGAGAGGAUCACAUAAAUGUUACAAGAUGCAUUGUUUGCUAUGUGAGAUAGGUGGUUAAAUGAACAGAAUGCUGCAUUUUCUUUGCAAAUGUGAAGCUGUUAACUUAAUUAUCACCUUCAUCUAAAUGGAAGAGUGACUCAUGAUACAACAAAUAAAGAAUAGAAUGCAGCAAUAUGCAUGUCACAACAGGACAAGGAAAUUUUGCAGAAAUCUGCAUCGGCCAAGUUCAAUAAUGAAUUAAAAAUGCCACUGCUGCUUCAGUGAAAAAUAUAAUGUUGGUUGUGCUAUCCUAAUUUUUUUUUAUUGUAUACACCUUUUUUAUUAGUGCUGAACCAACAAGUGAUGAGGACACCUAUUUUAAACCCAAAGUCACCAUGGUAGCGUGGGAUCGCCAUGACAACACAGUCAUCACAGCUGUCAACAAUCAUCUCCUCAAAGUGUGGAACUCGAGCACAGGACAACUGCUACAUAUCCUCAAAGUAAUUUUGCAUCUUUGGUUUCUCUUUCUAAAGACACAGUACACACCCCCGUUCAGUUUCAGAAAUCAACAUCUUUAAAAACCAGAGAACCUAAAACCUAAAAUUGUUUUCAGGGCCAUGAGGCUGAGGUGUUUGUCCUGGAGCCCCAUCCUUUUGACUCCAGGAUCAUCCUCUCUGCUGGUCAUGAUGGGAACAUCUUCAUAUGGGAUCUGCUGCGAGGAGAGAACACACAGCAUUACUUCAACAUGGUACAAUGACACUCUUAAAAUGUUGCAAGCACCAAAUGGGAAGAUUUUAAGAUUAGAUUAGAUAGAACUUUAUUGAUCCUUUUGGGAAGGUUUCCUCUGGGAAAUUAAAAUUCCAGCGGCAUCAGCACAGGAAAAAAAAAAACAUAAUGGUCAAAUAAGAGAGAAAUAAAAAUGAUAUAAUAUUCUGCAGAGUGAAUUUAAAAAAGAUUAUAAUAAAAACAAUAAAUGAGUUUGAUUCACCUCUAGAGCACCAAGAAAUAAAAGUUCAUAUGUUUGUGUCGAUAAUGACUUUACUCUUGGGGAUAAAUGAAGUUUUUCUAUUGUAUUGCAACAGGAGUUCUCAGGCCUCACACAAAGUGUCUUUUUUUACACUACAUCAGUCCCUCUUUACUUCUGAAUGUACUUCUUUUUCUUUUACAGUUCUUUUUUUAAGAACUAAAGGUGUUACCAGCUGUCUAAUUUGAAAAUUUCCCGCCUGGUUGUUGAAUGCAAUUCUGAGCCAGAAGUCCUGCAUUAACUGAAAAUAAAAUCAUGAGCACCUGCUUAAAAUGACAUUUUGAAAUACUGUUUGUAGUGUAUCUACCUACCCUGAUUCUGGACCUGAAAUGUUUUUGUUGUUCCCCUAUCUAGAUCGAAGGCCAGGGUCAUGGAGCUGUUUUUGACUGCAAAUUCACCCCUGAUGGACAGCGGUUUGCCUGCACAGAUUCCCAUGGCCAUCUGCUCAUCUUUGGUUUUGGCAGUUCGAAGCCCUAUGAGAAGGUUAGGAUAAACUCCACCUGCACAUUGUUCAUGUGUAUUUUUUUUCCAACAUGAUAGACAAUAAAAUAUUUUGGAACUACUGUAGUGAUUGAAUCUUAGAUCUCUCUGUCUACAAUCCACUGGAGAAUCUAAAUGUCAUUACUGGCAUCAUAAAUAGGUAUAAGCAGAAAAAAAUCCUUAACGCAUGAAUAUAACAAAAGCAAGAAAGUGACGUCAUAUACUAAUCUCAAACUCUACUUUUUCCUUGUUGCCACACAGCUCCCAGAUCAGGUGUUCUUCCACACAGACUACCGACCACUGAUCCGGGACUCAAAUGGCUUUGUACUGGAUGAACAGACCCAGCAGGCCCCCCAUCUUAUGCCACCACCCUUCUUGGUGGAUGUGGAUGGAAACCCUCAUCCGCCAAGGUCUGCCUUUAUAUAUGCUUGAAUAUUUUAUUUGUUUCCUUCAAAGCCUGCAGUUAUGGUUUAAAAGACGCAAGAUCUAAGUCCAAUAUUUUUUAUGUUGACAUUGUAACUCUUCUCAGACAUGCUCAAAGUUCUUACUUUCUGAAAUUACCAGGUAGAGCUGUAUUUAUGGCCACCAGCAGCUGUCUAGAUGUCUAGUUUGUUAAAAAUGAUACUGUAGCAUAAAUCAAUAGCAGAGGUGGUAAAUUUGCACCAUUUAUAAGUUUUUAGGUCAUGAAUAGGGAUUAGAGAACUGUGAGAAUGAAGCAAGCAUUUGUUGGUACUUUUAAGGGCUGCAGGAUCUGUUUAUGAUGUAUGUUUGUGUGCAUUGCAGGAUGUACAAUAUCAGUCAUGUCCUGUAGACAUCAUGCUGUCACCACUUUCUUGUUGUCCAGGUUUUUAAUAUCUAAUAGGUGUCUGAAAUCUCUUUUAUUCGCUGAGCAGGCUAUGUUUGUAUCUGUGUCACAAGACCAUUGAUUUCGAAUAUGCACGUGCAUUGCAACACAGAUCACAGAUACCCAGGAAAUACUUGUUUAAGCGAAACAGUAUUCUCCCACUCCCAUUAAUGUUGGGGAAUGUUGAAGAUCACUGUAAGUUUUUACUGAUCUAAAGGAACUCUCACAGGGCAAGCCUGUAAAAUAAAGAGAAUGACAUGUAAGUGAAUUGAAAUAUGUGAAAGGGUAACAUUUAAGGAUCUGUAGUUUAAUCUUGGCCAGGUUUGCUAAACAUCAAACCAUGACUGACUCCUGAGAUCCCCCAUAACCCUCUGUCCAACAGGGAAGACUAAACAAUGGUAAAGGGUACCUGUGUGAACAUCAGUGUCAGACUAUUUAAGGGGUCAGAGCUCCUACAGUCUUCUCGAAUUUUUCAAGAACUAGAGUGAAUAUCUGAAAGUAGCGAGUCAUGUAACUUUCCAUCCUCUGUUUCACUUUUUGUCUAAUGUGAGUAAAUAGUGGCAACAUCUGUUGUUUGACCUUGUAAUUCUUGUUGAAAACAAAAAAAGUCAUCCAAUUACUCAAACUUUCUUUUCAUUAUUUUUAGGUAUCAGCGUCUGGUCCCAGGGCGGGAGAACAUUUCUGCUGAACACCUGGUUCCACAGCUUGGCUAUGUAGCCACAAGUAAGAAAAGAACUAAAUACACAGCAACACCAUAUCUUAACCAAAAAUACACUCAAGUUUAAAAUAUACUCAAUGGGCUAAAUCACCUCAGAACACUUACACAGUAGAGCUGCCUAUCUCUGGAGGGUGGGGGACCCAUCUUUACGGCGGUGUGUAAUCGAUUGUAAUUAAUCAGCUGUGUUGUCACUGACAACAACCACCCUACCUACCCAGCUACUGUUGUUUUAGUCUACACACAACACUUUUUUUUCAUUCAUGACACACAUUUCCAGGGACACCUUUAGCCAGGGAUAUGACAUUCAAAACGGGGACUGUCCCUGGAAAUCAGGGACGUGUGGCCAUCCUAUAAUAGAGCCCACUGCUACGUUUCUCUGAUGAAAGCAGUUUACAGGAGAACACACAGCAGGACUGUGAGUUUUGUUUGGAGGAAGAAAGGGCGUCGAGUAUACUGGAGCUCAUAUCUUAGACAACAUGAACUUCUUUUCUCAAUUUUUUUUUUUUUUUUUUUACAUUUUUCUAAUGUUAAAAUAUAUUUAUUCACAUCCAAACAUCAAUUUUUAAAAAAUAUUCUCACAUGAAUCUGACAGCCCCACUCAAAAGUGUCUUUUCUGCAACGGAAAGUCAAUUUAUUGUUGAUAAUUCAAUAAGCUCAUUGAUUUAGUAUCAAUAACAUCCUACUCUUGCUCUUCCUGUUUGAUUACAGGUGAUGGAGAGGUGGUUGAGCAGGUGAUCAGCCAGCCGACAGCAGAGCACGAUGAGGUUGCAAUAAGACGUGUCAGCCUCCUAGAUGAGGCCAUACGUCAUCUACAGCAGCAACAGGACCGGCAGAACCAGCCUGCAUCAGAGGCUGCACCAAGCGCCAGAACAGGACCAGAGGUCCAAGCUGAGGCACAGAGUCCAGCUGUUGCACCAACGUUGAGCACACUGCGCAGAGGUUUGAAAACAUAUUAUCUAUAUAACCUCAUAAUUGUUCAAUGCUUGAAGUGUUUUUUUAAAAGCUGAUAGAUUGAACAAACAAAUCAGUAAUUCACUAAACAGUAACAUUUUUUGUUUUGCUUUUUGGUAGUGUCUGUGAAUGAACUGGCUGAUGUGCAGUCACCUCCCAAUGUGGGUCUGCGCCGCAGCGGACAGGUGGAGGGUGUCCGGCAGAUGCACCAGAAUGCCCCUCGGAGCCAGAUUGCCACGGAAAGAGACCUGCAGGCCUGGAGGCGCAGGGUGGUUGUGCCUGAACUGGCAACCAGCAGCUACAGGUAAACCCCUGUUGUCUGUCCCAUUUGCUAAAAUUUAAGGGAAAUUGAUUCACAACCAAUCUUGCUUCAUAAUUAGACAGGCUGAUAUACCAGAAUACAUAAUCAUCACAGUGUAUUACUCUGACAGCCCAAGAGAUUCAGUAUUUCUUCAUUUUUUUCCGUUUCCCUUGAUUUUCUUAACACUGAGGAAUUUGACUUUUAGGGACCAGGAGGACCGUCGAGCAGCUAAAGGAGAGGAGGAGAUCACCUUGUACAUAACAAAGAAGAGACGCAUUAUCAGCAGCAGCUGUCGAGUAUGUAUCUGUGUAUAUGCAAAAAUGUUAAAUGGCAACUAGUUUCUGUAUCCCCUGUUUGUACUUUAAAAUCUGCGCCCUAAUUGCUCAGCAGAAUGAAUGUGACACCAUAGGUUUCUUCUUACUGUGCAGUUAAGGGUUGCAUUUUAACCACAAUAAGCAAGGAUAAAAACUCUCCCACUAAUCUGCUGAAGAAACUGUUGCACUGGUAUUGAGUGUGUGUACUUUUUCAGGAUGAUUCCGAUGAUGAGCCUUCAAACACGAAGCAAUCACGCAGUCGAAGUGACAAGCUGGAAUUCAUAGACUCCUCAUGUGAAGAGGGAGAGGAGACUGCAAGCUCAGAGGUACACACUGUAUGUCACACUCCUCUCUUUUCUUCGUCUGUGUUAUGUCAUUUACAGACACUUGUGGGGUUUUGUUUGAGAUUUAAUCCUUUUCUUAACUUUCUAUUCAGGACAAUGAAUUUGAUGGGAGUGAUCUGGAUUCCUCCAAUGAUGAGGAGUGGAACAGCGACAGCUCAAGGUGUGUUUUGAUGGGUUUGGAUACAAUUUGUGUGCCGUGUAACAGAUUAAUGGGUUUCUCUAGAUAAUGAAAGCAUCUUGGCCAUUUUUUUGUCUUGUCUAAGUUGGUGAUCCCCACCCACUUAAAAUGUAAACUGAACUUUUCAAGAGUCUUUUUUUCAUGUUCUUUAUGCCACUUUAAAGUGUAACCCCAUCUGGUUUGAUUGUACAGCCACACAUCGAGUGAAUAUUCAGACUGGACAGCAGAUGCCGGUAUCAACCUACAGCCAUCCACCCCUUUGUCAUCAAGGAAACGGAGACGGCGCAGGCUCAGCAGUUCUGAAGAGGAUGGAGAUGAGAAGAAUGAGAGAGAGGAGGACAAACAACAGAGUGAUGAGGAGAAACCUCUAAAGAAUAGAGAAAAGGCAAAGAGAGCAAAGAAUAAGGCGCCGAGGGUGAGUUGUUCCACCAAUUCCACCUCAUCUUCACUGGUGCAUAUUUGUGCAGACUACUUGAGCUUCUCUUCCUGGAAAUAUAGUGACAAUUUGUGCAACAGAAAUUUUACAACAAUAUCUCAUGUACCUGUUUAAUUUUUCUAUCCUGGUGUUCAAAAUUGGCACCCUAAGGUCCGGCCAUCCAUCAACAGAGAAGUGUCUAAUGAGUUCAGGCCCUCUCCUUGGAUCACUGAUGUCAUUCCCAGGAAGUCUCCUUUUGUACCUCAAAUGGGCGAUGAGGUACGAAUUUCUUUUAUUGAGAGAGGCGCCAGAAAAGUCAGGAUUAGUUGGUUCUUUCUAAGCUGUAUUAACCCUUUAAAGGAACAGAACAACAUUAUUACAGUAUAAAGUCCCUGAAUCAUUUAUGUAAGAGAAAACAGGUGACACUGCUGUUUAAUAUAUAGCUUAACGGCUUUAGGGGGAAGAGUUAUAGUUAAUCUUUGAAGUUUAGUUCAAUACGAUGAUCAUCAUUCUUCGACAAGUUGUUCUAAAAGCUUUGGGUAUCCCUCUGUUUUACAGGUGAUCUACUUCCGGCAGGGACAUGAGGCUUAUGUGGAGGCAGUGAGUCGGAGUGAACUAUACCCAAUCAAUUUAGACAAACAACCCUGGAAGAAAAUGGAGCUGCGGGUAAGACACAACUCAAAACAAUCUCCUGUCCUUUCAUCGAAGUCUGUGAUUCCUGCAGAAUAGCACUUUAACUGUGUGGGUGGGGAAUGGAUAGAUGCUUUUUGAUCCCAAUUUUAGACAUCUAGUAGCACACAAUGUAAAAGACAAAUAAAAAAGAAAAAACACCUGCCCUGCCUAUAAGUACAAGUUAAGCGUGUGUGCUUUUAUGGCAGCUUUGCACAUUUGGCAUUCUGUCAACCCACUUCAUGAGGUUGUCACCAGGGAUGGCUUUCCAUUAAUGGGUGUGUCUGUGUAAAAAUAAUGGAUGAGGGUAGCCUAUCCAAGUUUUGUCUGUGUGGCAAACACUAGAAGUCUUGGAAAAUCUGUGAAAUUCAGUUAUUUUCAUGAAAGAGAAAACAAUGGCUACAAAAUGUAAAUAUUCUUUAUUUGUGCAGCCCUUUACAACAACCCUUUUGGUGAACCAAAGUGUUUUACCAUCCAUAGUAAAUAAAAAUUAAUAAAUAAAAAACAAUAAAAAGCUAUGAAAACAAUAAAAGCAAUUGAAAAAAAAAACUCACUUUAUCAUAAACCAGCAGCGACGACACUUUAUGAAAACAAAGCGACAAAAACAGGACAAUACACAGCAGAGGCAGCAGAGACAGACGACCAGCCACACACAACGGCACCAUCUUAAAAUCACUGGUACAAAAGUCUCUUUAAAUGUGGAACACAAUUAAAAUAAAUUGUAUUUUUUUUUUUUUAUAUUGUCCAGGACCAAGAGUUUGUGAAGGUAACUGGGAUCAAAUAUGAAGUCUGCCCUCCAACACUUUGCUGUCUGAAGCUGACGCUUAUCGACCCUGGUACUAGACAAAUCACGGACAAGUCGUUUUCCAUCAAGUAAGCAGACUUGUUUAAUUUACUAGUCCCUUAUUUAGCAAAUUGUUCAUGUUUACCUUUGUUCUUAAUUCUGUAAGCAACCCAUCGAGAAGAUGAUAUAUGACUGAGUCUAAAGAUUUUCAUCAGGAAUGCUCUCAUUUUAGUAUUUGGUUGCUAUCAUUGAUAAAGUGAUCCUCAUUUGGCUUCGUCAUACUGGCUUAUUGAUAAUUAUUGAAGAUUAUCUUUAUGUCAUUUAGUUACUCUCAUUUUCAUCAAGACAAAUUUCAAUGAUCAUUGUAAAUCCUCUAAUAGUUUUUUUUCUGAUUUCGUUCACAGGUAUCAUGACAUGCCAGAUGUGAUAGAUUUUCUUGUGUUGAGACAAAGUUAUGAUGAGGCACUCCGUAGAAACUGGCAACCAAGUAAGUUUGACACAUGGUUAGAGCUCAAAUAAUACUGGGAUUGUUGUUAAAGUCAUUUACACAUAGAGGGGAUUCCCAGUUAUAACUGCAUUACUUUUUAAAUAUUUUGUUUAACUGAAGCUCUUAUUGCUGGAAAUAUAUUCCAAUUAAUUAUAUCCCAAUUACAGAUGACAGGUUUCGCUCAGUGAUAGAUGACGCCUGGUGGUUUGGGACCAUCGACUGUCAGGAGCCAUACCAGCCAGAGUACCCUGAUAGUCUCUUCCAGUGCUUCAAAGUGAGGUAGGAAACACACAAUGAGGCUGUAUAGAGCCAGUACUAGUGAUAUUUCCUGACUGAUCUGAUCACAGGUAGACAGCUCUGAAUAGACUUUGUAAAACAUCAAAUAAAAAAGGGACAUAGAUUCAUAGCAUAGAAGGUGAGGGCUGCACAGAUGGAGGAAAUGUCAGUUUGAUGUUUGAUGUUUGCCUCAUUUGCCACCAUAACAGCCAUUAGCUCCACGUCAAAACCUUAACUUAUUUUCUGGACGUGUUAGAGAUCACAUAAAAUUUCAUGUUAUAAAGUGAUACUGAUCCUUACUUUUAUAUUUAUGACUGGUAGCAAUACAGACUUAACUAUGUCGCCUUAAUUGAAUUUCCGUUAAUCCUACCUCAUUUACUUAAGAUUUAAUGAGUCAGAUAAUUCACAAAUACUCUGAUUAUUAAAAAGUAUAUCUUGUUUUCCGUUUUAAUUUUCAUAUGAACUCUCUGAUUUAAAUUCUAAUAACCAGUUUCUUCCAUAUUUCACCAGAUGGGACAACGGUGAGCUAGAGAAACUGGGUCCUUGGGAUGUGGAACCAAUUCCCGAUGAUGGUAGUUCAAACUUUUCACUUUCCGAUCAAUGUGUAUUCAAAAAUAGCCACUGGUGUCUGUUCACAUAACAGUGUCAAUGGGUUUCAUUACAUUUUGAGGUCUCUGCUCUGCAGCUCAGCAUCCAGAUACUGAAGGCGGUGGUAUACCCGUCACACCAGAUGAGAUGAGUGAGCUGAUGUACAAACCUCUACCGGGCGAGUGGGGGGAGAGGAGCAGAGAUGAGGAAUGUGAGCGUAUCAUUGCUGGCAUAGAUCAGCUCAUCACUGUUGGUAAAUGUCUAUCAAUAUAUAAUAUUAUAUAUAUAUAUUAUUUACGUCCUUUUUAUCUCUCUCUUGUUUACUCACACUGUCACAUUCAGUCAUUUCACUCCAGGGACACCAAAGGUCCUUGUAACUAUGGAAGAACUUCCUCUCUGUGACACUAACAUAUCUUACCCCUUGUUUUCUGCAACAGAGAUCGCAGCACCCUUCUCCGGUCCUGUAGACUUGAUACAGUAUCCCACUUACUGCACUGUAAUUGCUUAUCCCACCGACCUGGGCACCAUCCGAUUUCGUCUCCUGAACAGAUUCUACAGGUCAGUCACACACCUUUUCCACCUGAUGCGUAUUUAUGCUCUUCUCAAUGUUUGACUCGGUCCAUAAAAUGUUGUUUUAUGGUAAAAUUCCAACUCUGGUGAUUUACAGGCGGCUCUCAGCAUUAAUUUGGGAUACCAGGUAUAUUGCACACAACGCCCGCACUUUCAACGAGCCAAGCAGCAAGAUUGCCCACUCUGCAAAAAUCAUCACAAAUGUCCUCCUCAAGUUCAUCAAGUACGUCUUAAUGCUUGACUGUCAUAUUUAAAGCAACAUAAUAGCACAUAAUGACUUUGCCCGCACAUUAUAUUAACAUGUUCUUCCUCUUUUUUCAGUAACCGGGGCUGCACAGAUAUCAUGGAGAUUUACAAUACUGUUGAAGAAAUGGAUGAUGACGAUGAGGUGAGUCAAGAUAAACUGAAGCUUUGUCCAUUUGGAAACUGCUUGUUUAAGUCAGCAUGUACUGUUUUCAGCUGACUGCAUGUGUGUAUGUUUGAUGGACAAGUAAACCGAAUAAUUACCAGAAAAUAAUGGUGCCAAGAAACAUUGUCAACUGAUUGUUGUUGGGAAAUUACUUUUCUAUUUUUAGUUGCAAUCAGUUACAAAUUUUAAUACAUAAUGCCAUUCAGUUUACGAAAUUCACAUACUAUGUUUCCUGCAGGAAGAUGAGACAGAAGUACCAGGUACAUCCUCUGGACAAAGGCUGCGCCAGGUAAAUUAUAUGGAUAACUUCAAAUGAAGAAGUGUGAUUGUGUACUGUACUAAUUCUUCACAUAGGGCCUGUUUUGUUUGUCUGAUAUUCAGAUUUGUUUGAUCCAUAACGUCUAAGUGUGACAAAAAGCAAAUUUGGAAGAAUUUUGUAAGGGCGCUAAAAACUAAUAAAACAGAACAGAGUUCUUUGUGUCAGGUUGAUCUGAUCUUUCUCCUCUUGAUAUUUGCAGCGCUCAGAGGUUGUGCCUGACCGUGACUCCUGGAAGGAGCAGUGCAAAAAUCUGCUCAACUACAUAUUUGACUGUGAGGACUCGGAACCUUUCAGACAGCCUGUUGAUCCUCUCAACUAUCCUGUAGGUUGAAACAAAACACUGAGACCAUGCUGUUAGCUAAAUAAAAUCACAGUCAUAUUUUCCAAGUUAGGGAUGGGAAUCGAGAACCGGUUCUUGUCAAGAACUGGUUUCAAAUGGUUCAAUCCAUCAACAUCAUUGACAUUUUAUCUUGACGAUUCCCUUAACGAUUCCUUUCUUCCGGGUGCCUUUGAAAAUGGUUUCGCAAAUGCCAGUCUACGCGAACGAGAACAGAGUCUUUGAGGGGAAAAAAGGUGGACGGUAUGAAAAGUAGGCAGAAACGAUCUAAAGCGUGGCUCAAACUUUUGCCCGCUACUCCGCCCCGCGUAGUAGUGUCCUCCUUUUGGGGAUCCAGAAUAUGGUCACCCUAAUUCGACUUAAUACUUACCACAGUAAAUGCUGGACAAAUAGUUUGUUGUUUGAUUAUUUUUUUUAGACUCUCACCGAAGGUGGCAUACAUCUUUUCUGUAAUUUUGAGUUAAUGGUGAAAACCUAUAGUCUAGUAUAUUUAAAUCAAAGAAAGGCAUUGGUAAGGGAAUCAUUGAAGAAUUCAAUCGUUAAGCAGAAUCGAUAAUCGAUAUCAAUAAAAUCUUAUCAAUUCCCAACUCUAUUCCAAGUUGUGCACUAAGUGUUUGCAAGGAGGUAGUUUAUUUCUAAUUAUUCCUUGUAUGUAUGUUUAGGACUACCUUGAGAUCAUUGAUACACCAAUGGACUUUGGCACAGUCAAAAGGACCCUGGAGUCAGACCGCUAUGAAAACCCUGUAGAGCUGUGCAAAGACGCCAGGCUUAUUUUUGCCAACGCUAAAGCCUACACUCCAAAUAAACGCUCCAAGGUAAGAGAUACUAUCCAAGUUCAUGUAAGAAGUGUGAGAUUGACUGCAGUCCUCACCAGGACAGAACUACAUUUAUUGGUCAGAGGUUUAGGGUUAGGUUAAAAUUUUGUCCGAUACGUUUUCACUUGAGUAAAAUUGCUCAUGACUCUUUUUUCUUUUUCUUUCAUUUCCAGAUUUACAGCAUGACUCUGCGGCUUUCUGCUUUCUUUGAGGAGCAAAUAAGAACAAUCAUAUCAGAGUACAAAACUGCUGUAAAGAGCAGUGAUAGACUUCGCCGCAGUCAGAGGUUCCGCAAGAAAAUGCAGCAGCAGGACCAGGCCUUCUCCACAACAAGGUCUGUUUGCACCCUGUAUGAAUGUGCAGUUUGGGGGUUGUUCUGUCACCAUUGAUCAGUUAUGAGUAUGUCUGUUGGCAUCUCGUAAUAAAAUGUUUGUCUGAAUGCAGGAUUCUGGUUAUGACUUUGAUUAGGACUCACCGUGGGUGGUUAAAUCUGGACAAAUCUUGAUUAAAACUUGUUUCUUCUUGACAGAUUCUGCACUGGAAACAAUGAUAAAGAGGGGUAAGCAAACAUCACAUUUUUUUAAUUGUUCAGAAUGAGAAUAGUCAUGUUUUUUUAAGUAAUAUCUUUGGGCAUUUUUGCCUUUACUGGGUAGAAAAGCUAAAGAGUGACAGGAAAUGUGGGGUGGACAUGCAGCAAAGGGUUGAGGUCGGGAUUUAAACCAGUGACCACUGCAUAGAGGACAAUACAAGAACAAUACAAGAACUUUACUUAUCCCCAAAGUGAAAUGAAUUUGUCUGGAGUCUCAUGUCAUCUACUUUUAUAAAAGAAAUGUAUGUGUAUAAAUCAUAGUCUGAUUUUGAGGACUUUAUAAUUUUAUUGGUCUAAUUUUGUGUGCAAAUUCUUUACAAAGAUCAAAAGUUUUUGAGUAUUAAUAUCUGUCCAAACUCUUAUUCUUUCCUUCAGUCAAAAAAGAGCUGCUUUCAAAUCUCAGGAAAAAGUGGAGUUGAUGUCAGUGGCCAAAUCUACCUCAGCCAAAGCCUUGGUUCCUGAUAGAGUCAAAAGGAACCGAAGCAGCAGUUCAGGUCAUAGUUCCUCGGAUGACUCCAAAGCUGCUUCAUCAACACAAGGUAAAUGGAAAAAAAUGACCAUAAUUUAAGUUUCCUUAUAAUAGUUUGACAUGACGUAAUUUAACUUUAUAGUCUUUUCUGAUUCCUUUACAUUUUUAAACCUGUGCAUUCAGGGUGAAGAUUUUUACUUUUUUCAGAAGCAAUUUAUGAUUACUCAUAAAUCUCAAAGCCAAGGUACAAAGAUGCACACUGCUAAAGAUACAAAAAGCGUGGAGUUUGUGAUUCAAGUGUUCCCUUUUUUGAGCAGUGUAUAAUCUCUACAUUGAUCACAACCUUUUCUCUGCUGUAAAGUCAAAAGGUUCAGUCUCCUUUAGGAGUGUUUUUUUCCUUAAGGAGAGGGGUCUGCUGCACAGACAGUUUGAAAAAUAGCUCCUUUUUUUCUUUCAAAACAGGCUAAAGAUGUACAUUUUAGACUGUAUUCAACACCCCAGGCUGGUUUCCAUCAGCAUUACAAUAGCAGUACAGUACAUGAACUUUUUGAGGAUGUUGCAUUGACUUUUGCCUCUUUGUUUGAGUUUGAAUGAUGUUACUGAGAAUCUCUAUAGACAGAGGUAAGAUUUAAGUGAAGCAGUGUUGUUUUCAUUGAUGAAAAUAUUUUGUCAAUGUCCCUUUUUUUUCCACGACAAAGACAUGACGUUGACGAGCUAAACAUAAGUCUUAGAUGACUAAAAUGUGACGAGACGAAUGUGCGUUCACGUUGACGAUACUAGACGAAAACGUUAGUGGUGGACGACGAACAGAGUUGCAAAAUUCAUGAGCAUUUCGUCAGUCAAACGCUAAACAUAUAUUCUGCAGUGUUGUUUUGACAAUGACGUUGACGAAAAUAUUACCAACACUGAAGUGAGGGUACAACAAAGAUUCCUAUUAUUUUGUGUUUCUUUUUUCUUCUUGCAGAGUCUGAAUGUGACAGCGAACUGAGUCAAAUAGAGGUGAGAAAACAACCGGGUAGCUCAAGGCAUCAACACCUCAAGAAAGCAAGACGUACAAGAAGCAACCGCGCCAUGCCACGGAAAAACGGUGAGGAGCAGCAUUAUACCCACUGAUAUUCAGUUCAGAACACUCUGGUCCAUUUAAGUUUGGUCAAAAGAAGAAGACCAAAAAACUAUAAUAAUUGUUGGUUUUGGAUUUAAAAUAAAAGGAUAUCACUCUAAAUAUCCAAUGGUUCUCAGAUGCAGAGAGUGAUAGUGAGGAGGAAGCAGAGGAGGAGGAGGAGGAGCUUGACAGUGAAGAUGGAGAAGAUGCAGAGAUGUCCUCCCAGUCUUCAGGUCCUAGUUACCCCAGGAGGAGUCAAAACAGCAGGAGCACACGGCGGACCAGGAGCAGCAAUGGCACAGACAGGACACAUACAGGUAACACUACUGACAACUAUCAAAUACUAACCAAGCUAAUAAGUCCCCAAGCACAAAUCUAAACCCUCUUUUGUGUGACUUAAUUUUAGAGAGCAGAGCAAAGGUGAACGGUCACAACAGCAAGCCAUCUCGCAGGGACAGAAGUCACAACCAGGCUUCUGACACGGCCCAAUCCCAGGGCUCUGGGGAAGAGGAAAUAACAGUGCGGAGGUCACUCAAGAGAAAAACAGCAAGAGCAGCAGUGAAUAAGAUCAAACUCCUAGGGGCCUCAGAUGAGGACUACGAGGAGGAGGAGGAGAAGCCAGACAGGAGCAGCCGCCUCCACCACGUAGCCCGUGCUUGCAAACGCACACAAGUGAUCCAGAGCUCUUCUGAAUCUGACCAAGAGUCGUCAUCAAGGGGUAGGCAGAUCAUUUUUUUACCUUAUUUCACACAGCGCAAAAUGCAUAUUAUACUCUUUUGAUUUUAGGAAGGCUAAACGGUGCAUUUUGGCUGAUUACUGCAAUUGUUUUACAUGUUAGCUCCUCGAAAAAACAAAGCAUCAAGACAUGUGGAAGAUGGCAGUCAGAAUGGAGACACAAGGCCCAACAAACAGAGGACAUCAAGACAAGACUUCAAGACCAAGGAAAACGGUGUGAAAUACUGUCUUUUAGUCAACCUCUAAAAUAAUUCUGUGGCACUUACAAGAAAGAGAUCCUAAUUAUGUGGACUUAUUUCUAAUUUGCUUUACAGAUAAGUUGUCUCAUGUGAACGGGCACAGUGCAAAACAUAAGUCCAACAGCAAUUCUGAGCCAGAGGAAGCCACUGAUGACAGCUCUGCAGAAACUGAAGAAGAGGAGGAACAGGAGGUCGUGUCACAGAAAGCCUCCAGACACAAAGCAACUGCUGCAGGCAGGAAAAAAAGGAUUACAAGUGAGGAGGAAGAGGAAGAGGAGGAGGACACUCCAAGCAAGACCCCACAACACAAACCUUCUAAAAGCUCAGGUGUCCAGGAUGAAGACUACAGGUCUCAGCAACAUCUCUCCCAAAAUGGAGGAAACGCAGUAGAUCCAAUCCUUAAAGAGUCUAAGAAAAAGAGGAGGGAUUUAUCGUCAAAAAAACAAGUGAGACAAAAAUGUGCCACAACUAAUAAAAUGGGAAGUGCAGAUUCAGAGGAACACAGUGAUACUCGAAAGGAAUCUAGCCCAUGCAAGAAAACGCUGGAAAGAAGUGGAGGAAGUGAAAUUGAAAGCAGCGUCUCCUGUGAUGAAACUUGGACUGAACGAAAGCCCAAGAGACCAUCCAGAGGCGCGAGUAAAUCUAAACGGCUUCAUUUUGACACUUCAGGGUCUGAAAGCUCUGAACAGGAAUACAAGCCCAAGAGAAAGCAGAGGAGAAAAGGCUCCUCUGGUUCAUCAGACGAAGAGUUGAAUAAAUCGAACCCCACAUCAAACAGACGGUUUGGCCUCCGAGCCCUGCCAAAAAAGAAAUACAUCAGUGACAACUCGCUCUCCGAGGAGGACUUUGCUUCUGAAAACCAAGGUAAACAGAGAAACGGCAACAACACAGCAACGCUGGAAAACAGGAAUAAUAAAAGAGAGUUCAACAGAGCCUCUCACAACAAAUGCAGGUAUCAGCUGUCUUCCAAGAGAAAACGUAUCCACACCUCAAACUCUGAUGAUACUACGGAGGAGUCCAAGAAUAAUAAAACUAGCCGGUCAGGCUUCUCAAGGUUUACCAAAACAGAAUCCAAAAAAAUUGAAGGCAACAGAAACAAGGAAGGCUCCGUUUCUAAUUCCAGUGAAGACGAGGAGGACGCUGCUGGUAGUUCAAGGAGAAUGAAAAGGGACAUGAGGUGGCAAAAUCACAAACGGAAGGAAAGCGUCAGCAAGAGCAAUUCCAGUUCUGACUUUGAAACCGAGCAGUCCUCAUCAGCCUCAGAAAACUCUUUUGCCUCAGGGUCCCAAAGCUGUCGACAAAAAAGAAGCCACAGACUGUCUCGGGUCGGUGAAAGGACUUCUAGCCGCCAGCUGAGGCAGCGCUGCAGACGCUCUGCCUCAGAGGAACAAGAUAGUGACGAGUUAGACGGCACAGAACAUCGAAAGACUCGUGUGAACACCCGUAACCGAGGGAAACGAACUGUAACUUAUAAUGACAGUGAAUAA